AGAGAUGCUCUAUCCGCGAGGAUGAGAUCGUAGCUCUCGCGUUCUUUAAACCCUAUCCUGUGUGAAAUUUCUUUUCUCGGGAUGAUCCUGGUAGCGCUGCUGGCGGAUCUUUUGGGCGCUUGCUAUAUUCUUUUCUCCUCUGUCGUGAUCCAGCUCGUGAAUGAGUUUCCAAUCUCGAGCCGCGUGCGACGGAUGAUCUUGGAGCGCCUGGUGUCCGGAGGAUGGAGAUAGCAGCGCUAGGGCACGAUCGCGGGCAUGGAGACGCCGCCGCGGAGGAUCGGCCGCGCGAUUUGCAGAAGGAUAAAGCGCACGGCACUGACGCGAUCGUCGAGCCGAUCGAUCGAGCAGCUGGAGAGGAUGUAUCCGCCAGGCGCGCAUUGGCUUUCGCGGCGAGGAAGACGAAAGCUGCUGCGGAUGCCGCCACUCAGCGAGCGGCAGACGCCGCCGCGCAAGAGCAAGGUAGUAUGAGACAGGGCGAAAUCACUGGUUUGCAAGCAGCGCGGCAAAAUGCGGCUGUGGAGCAAGCUUCUCAAGUAGCCGCGGUCUAUUCUCCAGCCAAGAAGAAACAAACUAAGUUGGUACCCACUGCUCAAGCGCCGGUUCCACCAGGAAUUCCUCCACAGUGUCCUGCUCCUACUGCUGCUAUCCAGGCACCGAUACCAGCAGUAACUUCAUCCGGUAGAGUCGAAGGAAUGGAAUGCCAAAAGUUUCUCUACGAGGUGGCGAAUCAAACAGCUAGGAGUGCGACUGCCCAGAUGGCUGCCGCUGAGAAUCUCGCGACAAAUGCUCGAGACACUGGUACUAGACAGGAAGCGAAAGAUCAGGGUACGAAAGCGCAGAAGAAUAUGGGAUUAGCCAAACAAAUGGCGGAGGCUGCACAGUCGCCUGCUGUAGCUGUCCAAGCCGUCGCUGCCAUCCAGAAAGCCUGUUCCAAUAAACACGAGUCCUGAGACUGCAACCCAAAGGAUUUGAACCACGAACGUUAUCCAGAAGAAAUCUAUAUGCUCUUCUAGAAAUCGAUGGCUAUGGUGCUCCCUUCCGCCAGUCCAGCAGCAGCAACUCUUGGUGUUCUCGGAUCAUUUCACAAGCGUACGCUUGCUACUCAGUCGCUCAAUUUUUACACGGCACGAUCGCUGCUAAGGUUUGAACCACUGUCAGCUCAGAUCCGAGGGAGAAGCCGCCAUAGCUUGAUCCGAGCAGCAGCAUCAUCAACAGGGCCAUCUUCGGAGAGAAAAGAGGAAGUGUUCUUCGAUGGUGGUCCACAUUACGGUGAUCUGGUAGCCAACUUGGUGUUUGGCUUCACGCUUUUCUGGCUACCAUUGACAGUCGCAGCGGUGUUCCGGGCCUUGUUCUUGAGGUACAGGUUCACAACCUACAGAGUGACUAUUCUUUCGGGAUUAACAGGUGGUGAUAGGAAAGACUUCAAGUAUGACGCGAUCAAGGACGUCAAGUAUGUCCCACGAUUCAUCGGCGAGUGGGGCGACGUUGUGAUCACUCUCAAGGAUGACACCAAGGUGGAGCUCAAAUCCUUGCCCAGAUUCAGAGAGAUCGCAAAGUUCUGUCUAGACAAGUCUGGAGUUUCCGGUGGCGGCUCUGUGGAAGAGAUGGAAGUCAAGAAGAGGGGAUUUUCGUGAAGCUUUAGAGUUUGAGACGAAGUAUGAGAUGUGUUGCUUCCGAGGGAAAAGAAAAAACUUUACGUUCAGUA